AUGGACAACACAGAGGAAGUUAUAACGACCAUCUUUAUUGGUACAUUCGUUGCCACAUUUCUUCGCAAGACAAGUCGAGUUCUACAAGCUCUUGUGAUGUGCAAGGAAUGUUUGAUUCUGCUAAACAACAAAGCCCUGGCUAAAACAAAGGAAAUUGUUGACAUAGCAUACACAAGGAUAUACUUAUCAUUGUUUAAGACGUACUGCCUGCUUAACGAUCACACAAGUGGGAUAGAAUGUGGCAGGAAACUUUUGCACUUUCUGCGUGUAUGUGGGGAAAAAUCCAAGGAAGGCCAGGUAACCUGUAAACUGGCAAAAUUAUACCACCUUCAAAGUCAAUACAACGAGGCAAAAAGGCUUUAUAAGGAAGCACUCAGCAUCAUGGUAGAAAUAGGUGACAGGCAAAGGCAAUCCACGUGUUAUGAGAACCUGGGAACUGUUUAUGGAUCUCUCUGUGAAUAUGGAAAGGCUAAAACAUACUACAAGAACGCACUUGUGAUCAAAAAAGAAAUUGGUGACAAACAAGGAGAAGCGGUGUGUUAUGGAAACCUGGGAAAUGUGUAUGAACUUCUCUGUGAAUAUGGAAAGGCCGAAACAUGCUACAAGAGCGCACUUCUGGUCACAAAAGAAAUUGGAGACAAAAGAGGAGAAGCUACGUGUUAUGAGAAUCUGGGCACUGUGUAUGAAUCUCUCUGUGACUAUGGAAAGGCCGAAACAUACCAGAGAAACGCACUUGUGAUCAGAAAAGAAAUUGGUGACAAACAAGGAGAAGCGGUGUGUUAUGGAAACCUGGGGAAUGUGUAUGAAUCUCUCUGUGAAUAUAAAAAGGCCGAAACAUACCACAAGAGCGCACUUCUGAUCACAAAGGAAAUUGGUGACAAGAAAGGAGAAGGUACGUGUUAUGGGAACCUGGGAAAUGUGUAUCAAUCUCUCGGUGAAUAUGGAAAGGCCGAAAGAUACUACAAGAACGCACUUGUGAUCAGGAAAGAAAUUGGUGACAAAAGAGGAGAAGCGAUGUGUUAUGGGAACCUGGGAACUGUGUAUGAAUCUCUCAGUGAAUAUGGAAAGGCCGAAAUAUACCAGCAGAAGGCACUUGUGAUCAGAAAAGAAAUUGGUGACAAACAAGGAGAAGCGGCAUGUUAUGGGAACCUGGGAACGGUGUAUAACUCUCUCGGUGAAUAUGGAAAGGCCAAAAAAUACCAGAUGAACGCACUUGCCAUCAGAAAAGAAAUCGGUGACAAAAAAGGAGAAGCUGUGUCUUAUGGGAACCUGGGAACUGUGUAUGCAUUUCUCGGUGAAUAUGGAAAGGCCAAAAUAUACCAGGAGAACGCACUUGUGAUCAGAAAAGAAAUUGGUGACAAAAGAGGAGAAGCUGCGUGUUAUGGGAACCUGGGAAAUGUGUAUAACUCUGUCGGUGAGUAUGGAAAGGCCGAAACAUACCAGAUGAACGCACUUGUCAUCAGAAAAGAAAUCGGUGACAAACAAGGAGAAUCGUUGUGUUAUGGGAGCCUGGGAAAUGUGUAUAAAUCUCUCGGUAAAUAUGCUGAGGCUAAAGAGUAUCACAAGAGAGCACUUGCCAUUAGCAGAGAGAUAAGUUACUUAGCUGGAGAGACAGAAUCGCACCUCUGCCUUGCACGCGAUGCCAUAUUAGAAAAUAAUCUUGAUGAUGCUUUGUCGAAUCUCCAGGCAAGCAUUAACGAGAACGAGAAAAUGCGAGCUUUUCUUGGACGUAAUGACCAAUUUAAGGUAUCCUUGUUAGACAAGCGCAGUGGUUCCUAUCAAUUACUCAGCGCAAUGUAUUGUCUUAUGGGAAAUGCAAAAGAAGCUCUUUGUGUUCUAGAGCUUGAACGAGGCAGAGCUCUGGCAGACUUAAUCUUAGGUCAGUAUUCUGCUGAACAACAAAUUUCAGUCAAUCCGCUGUCAUGGCCUGAUAUUGAAAGGAUCGUGAAAAACGAAAUUGACUGUAACUUUCUCUACAUUUCAUAUUUUUGUAAAUAUAUGUUUUUGUGGGUCCUUAAAGGGAACAAGCCAACACUUUUCCGUAAAGUAGACGUCAACGAAUGUUUUGAUAAAAAGGGAUUGGAAAGACAAGUUCACGAAGUUUUCAGUGAGAAAACCUUCAGGCAAUGCGGAGAUCGAUCACUGUUUUUUCUAAAAGCCGACGACUCAACACAUAAAGCAUCGGGGGAAGUGAGCUCGGCAGGUUUUCGCCUAUUGGAGACCGAGGAAGAAGAAGAAGAAAGACAACCCGUUCCCAGCGUAGCCGAGUGUUACCAAAUGAUCAUCGCUCCAGUGGCUAAAUUUCUUGACGAACCUGAACUGGUGAUUGUUCCUCAUCGCUCUUUGUUCAAAGUUCCAUUCGCGGCGUUAAAGGAAGAAGGUGAGAAAUACCUGUCACAGACUUACAGGAUCCGCAUUAUUCCUUCUUUUUCGACUCUUGGACUCAUCCAGGACAGUCCAGCAGAUUAUCACAGUCAGACCGGGGCACUGAUAGUAGGCGAUCCGGACGUUGGGGACGUGCUUUACAAGGGACGCAUACAAAACCUUUUUCGCAUGCCCUCUGCAAGAAAGGAAGCGGAGAUGAUAGCAGAACUACUCGGAGCUGAGCCUUUGUUAGAUGAGCGAGCAACUAAGCAGGUGGUUCUUCAGAGGAUACCUUCUGUAAGUCUGAUUCAUUUUGCUGCUCAUGGUCAUGCCGAAAGAGGAGAAAUUGUCCUCGCCCCUGAACGCCCCACUAACGCGACUCCAUGCGAGAAAGACUACCUAUUGACGGUGAAUGACAUUUCACAAAUUCAACUGCGUGCCAAACUUGUAGUACUCAGCUGUUGUUACGGUGCUCAAGGACAGGUUAGAGCUGAGGGAAUUAUUGGAAUCGCUCGGGCUUUCCUAGGAUCCGGUGCACGCUCAGUAUUGGCUUCCCUGUGGCCCAUACCAGACAAAGCAACAGAACAGUUAAUGAGUCGUUUCUACAAACACCUUGUUCGUGGGGAAAGUGCCAGUGAGUCUCUUCACCAGGCCAUGAAGUGGAUGAGAAGUAACGGCUAUCAUGACUUGGGGAACUGGGCGCCUUUUAUGCUGAUUGGAGAUAACGUGAAGUUUGAUUUCGGAAAGUAA